AUGUCGGACGCAUCUCGACCGUCGCUGAAGCUCACUUUCGGCAAGAAAAAGGCGCCUGAGCAACCGCCGAGCCAACCUGCUCCUCCUCCCCCUUCAGAUCAACCUCCAGCGCCUCAACGGAAACUCACACUCAAGAUUGCGCGAAAACCCAAGGAAGAUAUGCCAGCAGAAGAGAAGCCGAAAAAGCAAAAGAUUACUUUGAAGAAGAAGAAACGACCAGCCGAUGAAGCUGCGCCAAACGAGCCUUCCGCUGCUGGCGCAUCACAAGCAAGCGGACCAAAGCGACUCAAAUUGAAUCCAUCGAAAAAACCUGGAGCUCAGGCGAUUCGAAUUAAAAACAAGGGCCUGGUGCCAAACAGACCAACGGGUGUCGGCUACGAUUCGGAAGCAUCCGAUACGGAAAUCGACCCUGCGAUUGAGGAACAGUUCAUUCUACGUAUGUUACCCGGAGAGGACUGCGAAUACCUCCGGCGCGCCAUCGACGAACGUCGUUUCGACAAGUCCGAGUUUAACUUCAAACCCUUAACCCGCGAAGGCCGACGAUCUGUCCUGAAGAUCCGGGACAAACAGUAUGCCGCGGUAUUGGUAGACCUACCGUGCAUCAUUGAGGGAAUGAAAAGCUGGGAUAAACGGGGGUGGUACAAAUCGGCGGAUAUUUGCCAGAUGCUCUUAGUUCUAGGGCCCGUCUCGGCCGAAGCAGAAGCUCUGGAUUACCCACUUCCUGCUGAAAUUCAACGUCCGGAUGAUAUGACCCUACAGUAUCCCCAUGGUUUGGCCCCACCUCUUCGAUGGGUGAGAAGACGGCGUUUCCGGGACAGAAUCAGCACCCGUACCAUUGAGCAAGUUGAGAAAGCUGUUGAGGACUUGAUAGCUCAGGAUGAUGCUGCUAUUGGUCCACCUCGUUAUGAGCUGGUGGAUAAGACAUCGCUCGAUCGUGCUGAGGGCCUUGUACAAAGCGGAGAGUAUGACGACUAUGAGUAUGAUGAUGAGCAAGAUGCUGAAGGCGAGGUGGAUGAAGCCAUGGGCGAGGUUGACAUGUUUGGUGACCUCGAGGACACUCUUGCUGCAGAAAUGGAGGCCGCUCUAGCAGCUGAACCAGGAGAGGACGGGACCACAAUUGAGGCUGGCAUCGUGGAAGAAGCCACCGAUUCCGGGGUGUAUCAAGCUGGUACACCCAUGGCCACCAAACCCUCGACCCCCGCUCCAGAUGCAGGCGCAGGCGCAGACACAUCGGACGACGAAAGUGAUGGGUCAAACGGCGAGGAUGAAACGCCUGAGGAUGAGCUUGAUGAGGAGCAACUUGAACAACAACGACUGGUACAGCAAUCACGUGAAGAAAUUGCAGAGUUGGAAACUCUCAUUCGCACAGAAACAGCGAAAUGGGAAAUGCAGAAGAACCAAAUUCUCAAGGGCAAGCUUGCCAAGCGUAUCCAGGACCUGAAGACAGAAGUUUCUCUGAAAAAGGUCUCGAUUGGCGAGGGAGAUGAUGCAGAUAGCUGA